AUGGAGGGUUCUCUCGAUAAUCUUGUAGCCCGUAUUGCUACCAGUGCAAAAGUUCUCAGCUCAUCCACUCCAGCCUCUAAAGCUCAUUUAAGCACUAAUGAUCCAGUUGAUGAUUCACAAAAUGAGCUGGCUCAAAAGGCGAGACAGGAUAUCUCAUAUGCUGCUCGGGAGAUCUUACUUUUAGUCAGCGAGCCCAAUGACUAUCUUGAACAGCAUCAAGUAAAUUAUCAGCAACUCUCUUGUCUCAAAUGGCUCUUGCACUUCAAUAUACUCAACCACAUACCACUCGACGAGCCCGUACUCUUCAGCACUGUCGCCGAGUCCGCAAAUGUUCCCCUUAGCAGACUUAAAAGUGUCGCCCGCAUGGCCAUCACGGGCGGCAUGCUCUCGGAGCCUCAACCAAAUUACCUUGCCCAUAGCCGUAUUUCAGCACAAUUCGUAACAAACAGUAAUUUUAUUGAUUGGGCCAAGUUCAUGACACAGUACUCUGCACCUACAGCAGAAAAGUUUACAGAAGCGACUGCUCGCUGGGGUGACACUUCUGAGAAGAAUCAAACAGCUUAUAAUGUAGCGUUUGGUACAGAUUUACCUUUCUUUGCGCAUCUGGCUCAGUCUCAAGAUAUGUCGGCUACUUUUGCAGCUUAUAUGCGUAGUUUGAACAAUAGCCAGGGAAUCGCUUUGAAGCAUAUCUUGGGCGGCUUUGACUGGGGUUCCCUUGGAAAAGCAAACAUUGUAGAUGUCGGCGGCUCAACAGGACAAGCUAGCAUCCUCCUCGCAACACACUUCCCAGAAUUUUCAUUCCUAGUCCAAGACCUCACAGAGACUAUCGCCAACGCCCCCGGCGUCAUAUCCAGCCUCGACACCAACAUAAAAUCACGCAUCAAUUUCUCCGCUCAUGAUUUCCGGACUCCGCAACCCGACUCCGUAGCACAAAAUACAGACAUCUUUUUCCUCCGCAAAAUUAUUCACGAUUGGCCUGCAGGAGAUGCUCGGAUCAUUCUCUCACAUCUCUCUCAAGCCCUGCAAAAGCCUGGGGCUCGUAUCGUUAUUAUGGAUACAAUACUUCCGGAGCCGGGGAGUGUACCGGCUUCGGAGGAGGGGGCUCUUCGAGUGAGGGAUUUAACGAUGGCGCAGAGUUUUAAUAGUGGGGAGAGGGAAUUGAGUGAGUGGGUGGAGUUGUUUGAGAGUUCGACGCCGAGGUUGAAGUUGAGGGAGUGGAAGAAACCUCAGGGAAGUGUGAUGAGUAUUAUGGUUGUUGUGAGAGAUGAAUAG